AUCUGUUUCGUUACAGCUGGAGAGAAGGAUCUUCAAUCGCCAAUUAUUGUCGGCACGUUUCCGCUGGCAACACAACAAUCAGCGAUGAUCGAUUCGUUAGUAUCAACUCUCAUUAUGCAUCAUUGCCAUUUGAACCAACAAACUGUAUUCAAGUAUGGAUGUGUCAAUUUCAUCACUUUUUUAUCUUACAUUUGCAAAUGCGAUUUCGAUCUACGAUUCAUGUCGAGCACUCAGAAGCACCAUUCAUGGCUGUUGAAUCGUUUGUUCGAAAUACGCGCACUCAGAAAUCGAAAAGGUUUCUCACGCCUGGCGUUCAGUCCGCCGAUUCCACUUCAAAAGAGCAUCGCACAUGAGAAGAAACUGGCUGAG